CUGCGCAUGUGCAGUAGAACAGUAGUUCUGUCAUGGCUCCGUUCAGGAAGGUUUUGGCUUAUUUUGCUGCUCUUUUACGGGAAUUUAUAUUUGUUAUUAAAACCAAGUCGACUUUUCCUUCAUGUUUGGAGGAUUGUAAAGCCUCUCAACCCUAAGUAAAUCAGCUUUUUCUGCUGUGACGGUUUGGAGCGCCGGAAUUGUUUUUCUUUGGACCCAACGGAAAGUUUGUUUGCUUUUAUGGUCGGUCCUAUUUUCCACGCGGAGUAAUAUGAAGCAGAAGUUGCUGAAUUCAGGAUGAACGACAUGAAUCUGAGUCCUGUGGGGAUGGACCAGCUGAGUGUGGCCUCGGUGAGCACCGGACACCUGGGUCUGCCUACCUCACCCACUCACAAUGCUAUUCCCACUCCAGGCAUGCCGGUGGCCAUCCCGAGCCUGGGACCUUCCCUCGGCUCCCUCCCUUCUGCCCUGUCCUUGAUGCUCCCUAUGGGUCCUCUGAGCGACAGGGGGGUGAUGUGCGGCCUCCCGGACAGGAAUUACUCCCUGCCGCCGCCUCCGUACCCCCACCUGGAGAGCAGUUACUUUCGCCACAUACUUCCAGGCAUUCUGUCCUACCUCGCCGAUCGUCCGCCCCCUCAAUACAUCCACCCCAGCAGUCUGAACAUGGACGGGACUCUGUCAGUGUCCAGCAGUAAUCCCUCCGGGCUGGAUCCGUACAGUGGUCCCGGAGGUCCUCUGGAGCAGGGCUUGGUGCCCAUGGACUCACGUCAGGUCCCUGGACAAGCAGACCUCCACCAAACCGGCCCGCACGAGCUGGACUCCACUGGGCUGACCAUGGAAUCGCGAGUCAGCAGCCCCAUAUCUCCCGACCGGAUGGGAGAGGAGCUGGCGUCCAUGGAUGGCGUCGGGGUGGUGGCCGUGUCUGACAGCCAGCAGCAGCUCGGAGGGGGCCGGCAGCCCCAGCCUCACGAGGGCCUGACGGGGCUGGACUCGUCUGCGGGGGUGAUGCCCCUCCACGGAUCCGCCGUGCUGGAGCUCGGGGAGCAGCUCCAAAGUAACGGGGAAAUGAACAACGGGGUUGUGAGCGUGGUGCUCACCAGCUCCAUGGCUGGCCAGAGCCAGCUGGAGGCGGUGUCGCUCCACGGACACUCGGGGAUGGGCCUGGAGGCGGUGAACGUGUCCCCCAUAACCGCAGAGGUAUCGCUGGGGCCAGACAACAACCUGGUGCUGGUCAACUCCACCCUGCAGCUUGAAGACUCCACCCCCAACAAGGAGAACGUGGCUCCCGCAUACAACGUGUGGUGCACGCUGUGCGAGCGCUCCUACACGUCGGACUGUCCCGAGCACGGCCCCGUCACCUUCAUCCCCGACACGCCCAUUCAGAGCAGAGCUCGCCUCUCCCUGCCGCGGUCUCUGUGUCUGCGCAUCUCAGUGGCUGACGAGCCCCUCGGAGUUUUUGCUCGCGACAUUAUUCACCCAAGGACUUGCUUUGGACCCUUGGUGGGCCAGCACUGCACCAACGCAGAUCUCUCUGAUUGGCCAGAGAAGGACACACCUCAAAUUUGGAAGAUGUAUCAUAACAAUGUGUUGGAGUUCUGCAUAGUGACCACAGACGAGAAUGAAUGCAACUGGAUGAUAUUUGUCCGCAGGGCCCGAACACACGAAGAGCAGAAUCUGGUGGCGUAUCCUGCAAAUGGCAAACUCUUCUUCUGCACAACCACAGAGAUCCACCCAGAGCAGGAGCUGCUUUUCUACUACAGCCGGGACUACUGCCGGGUGAUGGGUGUUCCUCAGACUCCUGAGGGUCAGAUAUGUCAGUGUGGUAAAGAGUGCUCGUCAUUUUCUGAGCUCAAAGCUCACCUUAGUAGCCAUAAUAGUAACAGCACCCAUAAUGCAGCUCCGCACGGCCACAGCCCAACGCAGCACAACCAUUCUCAGCAGCACCAGCGGGAGCAGGAGGAGCAGCAGCCGCCGCCACACCUUCACCAGGAAGAGAAGCUUCCCAAUGGAAGCUCCAGCUCCUCUUCCUCCCCCUGGCCCUGUCACAGUCACGCCACGGGACAACCAAACAGCGGCAAUGGUCGAAACUCUAAUAACACCUCCAGGGCAAAAGGCCCGGGACAUGUGCGGGAAAAGAAGUUCAAAUGCAGCAUGUGUUCACGUGCCUUCAUCACCUCCACCAAGCUCAAUAUGCACUUCAUGGGACACGUGGGGAUGAAGCCUCACAAGUGUGAAUACUGCAGCAAGGCGUUCAGCGACCCCAGCAACCUCCGGAUGCACCUCAAAAUCCACACAGGUCAGAAAAACUACAGGUGUACUGUUUGCGAAAAGCUGUUCACUCAGAAAUCUCACGUGGCUUCACACAUGCUCAUCCACACCGGAGCUGAAAAGCUCAAGUGUGACCUCUGCGACCGGGCCUUCAUCAGGAAACAAGACCUGAAGCAGCACAUGUUCUCCCACACUCAUGAACGGCAGAUUCAGUGCCCCAAGUGCAACAAAAACUUCCUCAAAACCAAUCACUUGAAGAAGCACAUGAACUCCCACGAAGGCCGCAGGGACUUCGUCUGCGAGAAAUGCCACAAAGCUUUCCUCACCAAAUAUCACCUCACGCGUCACCUCAAGAUCUGCAAGGGCCCCAAAGCGGAGAAAACGCCUCGAGAGGGGAAAGAUCCGGUGGAAGAGGAGCCGGAAAAGGACUGCAGAGCGGCGAGAAAAGCAGCAGAGAGACUGAUGGACGCGGCCAGCGAUGAAGACUGUGGUUUAGACGUUGGAGGAUACAGCUCUGAAAAGUCUCUGUCACCACCUCAUUGAAGAAUACCUGAUGGGAUGUUGUAUUUAUUACUAUACCACUCUAUACCUCUUAUAGUUGCCAAAAUAUUCCUUCUGCACAUUACUACUACAUUAUCUUACAAACAUAAUGGCUACAUUAAACAUUUUUUUACCACA